GGCCCAGGGGCCUCACACUUGGAGUCGCGGGAGCUGCAGGUUUUGCCGGGAGAGACGCCGCACGUGGAGCGCGCGCCGCCGCUGUUCUCCGCCGGCUGUGGAGCGCGGGCGGGGGCGACCCGGUUGGUUCCGGAGCGGGGCUGAGCUUUUGAAGUACUUCAACCAUGACAAAAAGAGAAGCAGAGGAGCUGAUAGAAAUUGAAAUUGAUGGAACAGAGAAAACAGAAUGCACAGAAGAAAGCAUUGUAGAACAGACCUACACCGGUGAAUGUUUAAGCCAGGCCAUAGACAUCAAUGAGCCAAUAGGCAAUUUAAAGAAACUACUAGAACCAAGACUACAGUGUUCUUUGGAUGCUCAUGAAAUUUGUCUACAAGAAAUCCAGCUGGAUCCAGAACGAAGUUUAUUUGACCAAGGAGUAAAGACAGAUGGAACUGUACAACUUAGUGUACAGGUAAUUGCUUACCAAGGAAUGGAACCAAAGCUCAACAUCCUUGAAAUUGUUAAACCUGCGGAAACAGUUGAAGUAGUCAUUGAUCCAGAUGCUCAUCAUGCUGAAGCAGAAGCACAUCUUGUUGAAGAAGCUCAAGUGAUAACUCUUGAUGGCACAAAACACAUCACAACCAUUUCAGAUGAAACCUCGGAACAAGUGACCAGAUGGGCUGCCGCCCUAGAAGGUUACAGGAAAGAGCAAGAGCGCCUUGGGAUACCGUACGAUCCUAUACAGUGGUCUACAGACCAAGUCUUACAUUGGGUAGUUUGGGUCAUGAAGGAAUUCAGCAUGACUGAUAUAGACCUCAGCACACUCAACAUUUCAGGACGAGAAUUAUGUAGUCUCAACCAAGAAGAGUUUUUCCAGCGGGUCCCUCGGGGAGAAAUUCUCUGGAGUCAUCUGGAGCUUCUUCGGAAAUAUGUAUUGGCAAGCCAGGAACAACAGAUGAACGAGAUAGUUACUAUUGAUCAACCUGUCCAAAUUAUUCCAGCAUCAGUUCAGUCUGCAACACCAACUACCAUUAAAGGUAUAAACAGCAGUGCAAAGGCAGCUAAAGUACAAAGAGCUCCAAGGAUUUCAGGAGAAGAUAGAAGUUCACCUGGGAACAGAACAGGAAACAAUGGCCAGAUUCAACUGUGGCAGUUUUUGCUAGAACUUCUUACUGACAAGGAUGCUCGAGACUGCAUUUCUUGGGUUGGUGAUGAAGGCGAGUUUAAACUAAAUCAGCCUGAACUGGUUGCACAAAAAUGGGGACAACGUAAAAAUAAACCUACAAUGAACUAUGAGAAACUCAGUCGUGCAUUAAGGUAUUAUUAUGAUGGAGACAUGAUUUGUAAAGUUCAGGGCAAGAGAUUUGUGUACAAGUUUGUCUGUGACUUGAAGACUCUUAUUGGAUACAGUGCAGCAGAGUUGAACCGUUUGGUCACAGAGUGUGAACAGAAGAAACUUGCAAAGAUGCAGCUCCAUGGAAUCGCCCAGCCUGUCACAGCAGUCGCCCUGGCUGCAGCUUCUCUGCAAGCAGAAAAGGAUAACUGAGCCCAGGAUCUGCUGGGAUUUCAAGGUCUUUCUUAACUCUGAGAGCACGCAUUGCUCUCACCUUUAUUACUGAAUUUGAAUCUUCCUUUAUUUCUAAACUGUACAGUCUAAUGCAUGAUUUUUUUUAUAAAUAUUUCAUACUCUUGUGAAUUUGGAUCUUUUUACUUUGAGCAUAUAUUUUAGAAUAUAAGUAUGUUACAGGAUCACCACAAUGGCUUCAGUAUGAAGGCAGGUUCAUUGUGGGUAGUUUGUUAACAGUCAGGAAAGCUAAACUGGUCAGUAUUAAUGUCUAGCCCUACCAAAAAUAGCCAGCAGCAUCUGAGGAUGAAAAAUAAAUGAAGUAUCUUCAGGAAACAGUCUGGCUUAACUAUUUUUGAAAGUAUAACUGUUUACCCUCUCUGCUGCUUUAGAUGUUACUUUACAUAAAACCAGAAAAUGGGACUUUAACAGCUAAAGCAUGUGUGCCUGUUUCAUCUAAUCAGGCAGAGCUAAAAUAGUCAUAUCAAAUAAAAGUAUAAUAUUAAUAAAUUACUAAACUAAUAGUAUCAAGUUAUUAAAGUAAUUUAUAUAUUUGCAAGCAAAGGACAAAGAAGUCAACUGGCAGAAGAGCAGUGCUGAAGAGGGAGACCCAGGUUUAAAUCUGGCUCAGGUUUCUGUAUAGAUUCACAAUGUUAGGUCAAGAAUUUAAAUUCUAAGAGAGGCAUUGAAUCUAAUAAACCAACUAUUACAAAAAUUUUGAAAUGAUCUCUGUUUUUCCUGUCAGAGAUCUAAAAAACCGAGAAGGUAUACCUCAGCCAGAAAAUUGGUUUGGCUUCUCUCUCUCUCUCUCUCUCUCUCUCUCUCUCUCUCUCUCUCUCUCUCUCUCUCUCUCUUUAAUUACCCUUUCAUGCUGGUUUAUUAUGCAAAACAGUUUACUUACAUGGUCAUUGUGUUUCUGAUGAAAUGAAGACUUUAAAUCAGUCAUCAGUACUUCACCUUUCAAGAUAUUAGGAAAUUAUUUGCAAAUAGUUUAAAAAGAAAAUUUUACCUCCAGUACAGGCAGUUUUCUCUUAAAGCAAAAUUGUCCAUUUAUUUAAUUUUCUCCUUUUGAAUAUUUAUAUAUCUGAGUACACAGAUAUCUGUAUACAUGUCCACUUUACCAUUUCCUAUAAAUACAGGUAUACACAUAUAUGAAGACAUAAUAUUCAGAAGGAAAGAUAUUUCAGAAGGUAAUAACUCACUUUUUUAAUCUUAAAAAAUUAAUUAAUUCUUUUAUAUAUGAAACUCUUUGCUUACCACAAGCUAACACUAAGCAGAAGUGGCUAGAAAUAUGUAUCUUUUUUGUUUGUUUGCUUGCUCGCUCUCCUUGCUAUCUUUUGUUUUGUUGUUUGUUUUAAGGUAUUAUGUACAAAUCCUGAUGUGAGAUACUGGCAAAUAACUUCUAAUCCUCUUAUAGCAGAAGAUUUAUUCUCAAAUAUUACUUUAUGCACAUUCUCCCUCAUCAUUUACUUUAAAUUCAUUCCUCUAAACAGGUUUAUAAGGGUUGGUUAAUGCUUUUGACUAACCAGGAGGAAAGGGCCAUGGUAAGAUAGGCAACGUGGCAUUGCUAGCAGUUGCUGCCAUCAAUAUACUAAAUAGCAUUUGGAAUGAACCGCAGGAGACAGGGCUCUUAGGAGCAAGGAGAGGAGAGGUCUAUGAUCUCCUUGUCUGAUAACCUCAAAUCAUAAUUUUAAGUGCUGUGCUUUAGGGCUACAAAGUAUAAUGUCGGUCCAUUUAUAUGACUGUAUUAAGUCCUUUAAGACUCUGCAGUACACACCUAAAAAAGAAUAAAGUUUGUAACAUCCCACUGUUACCAUUUUAUAAACACACACAAAAUAGACUGACAAAUUAUUAAUAUAUAUUGGGUGCAGUGGUUGCAAGAAUAUCUGAGUAGACUAGCAAUAAGAAAUAAUAACAAAAGCUCUACUUUCAGAUAACCAAUAGCUAAAAAUAAGGUUUCAUAUCAUCCACUUAUGGCCUAGGGUCAUGGUUGGCAAACUACGGCUCUUUGGCCCCUUGAGUGUGGCUCUUCCUAAGCCUUAGGAGUACCCUAAUUAAGUUAAUAACAGUGUACCUACCUAUGUAGUUUAAGUUUAAAAAAUUUGGCUCUCAAAAGAAAUUUCAAUCAUUGUACUGUUGAUAUUUGGCUCUGUUGACUAAUGAGUUUGCCAACCACUAACCUAGGGAAUUGACAAAUCACUUAUAGUUCUAAAAAAAUUACACUAUUCUGAUAUAUUUUCAAGAGCUUAAAAUACUUGACUUUUGAAAUGCUUUUAAGGUGACAUUAUGUUAACCUUUUAGCCAGGAUGGCAGACUUCCUUUAUAUCUCAGUUAUAGGUGUGUGUGUAUACAUUUUUUUAUUUUUUUUAAAGCAAGGAACACUCACAUUUCUUUGAGAGCCCAAAGUCAAAUUAUUAUUUCUUCUGUAGCAUUUCUCAGAUGCUUAAAAACAAUAACAGAUUCUCCAUUUUUUUCUCUAAGUUUUUAUUGCUCAUUAUAAUUUGAACAGAGACAUUUCUCAUACAUGAUCACACCCUUUUCUUUUUUCUCCGUUGCCUCUUAUCAUUUUAUGCACCAUAACAUAGGUAGUUCCCCCAUUUGAUUCAAGAAAUUUCUGUUACUUUGUGUCAGGUUACGGUAAACGAUUUUCACUGUCCUUAUUGAGGUUACAGUUAUCAGAAAGUCAGGUAGUCUUUUCCCAUAUUGAAAGAUUAUGCAAGAAAAUAUAAUUCACACUAUUCAUUCUUCGUUAUGUUUUUAUGUAUGAAUUUUUCAUAGGAGAAUUUACAAAAUAUUUAAAGGAAGAAAGAUAAAAUUAUUGGUCAUCUUUUAUACCUUAAGUACAAGAAUAAUGAAAUGUUCACUUUCGUUUUAAAACUUGUUUUCCACAUGAGGUUCUCACUGAGCCACCUUUAUAGGUAUAGAACUAGCCUGAAGUUUAGAGAUUUGUGUUGGCUUCAGAAAAUCAAAUUAGGCAGAAUUGCUCUGUGUGGUUGAUCUUCACAUGAAUCAACUAAUUAUAUUCAUUUUGUAUCAGUCUAUGUCAGUUAAUUAGGAAAAUUUGUUUAGUUGUUUUUCUCCCCUGAUGAAUGGUGAAACUCAAGUAUGAUAUUUCUUUAAAGAUUUGUACCUCCAGAUAUUUGCAGCAAGGUCUGCUAUUUUCCAUAUUCAUCAUUUUAUGCUACUGCCUUUAAAAAAGAACUAGUGUAUCUUUGAAAUAGCACAAAAAUGUUUUUAAAUUCAUAAUUGCAAAACAACCUGUGACUGACUAAAUGUCUUCAUAUCUAGGAAGUAUAAAAAUAUUGAUAUUUAGUGAUAUUUCACUUGUUGCCAGAAAAAAAAAUUCUCAAUUUUUUGUAAAAGGGAGGAGGAUUUUUGCAUACAUUUUUACUCUUUAAAUAAAGACACUUAUGCUGUCAUAAUAACAAU